AAUGCUAUAGCUAUAGCACUAACUUGCACGUGUUGUUGAUGAUCGCCGAUUUUGUUGAAAGUUAAGAUUUCAAGCAAUUUAUCAAAGCACAGCCAUGGUUGACAAUAAGCUGAACACAGGCUCCAAGAGGAAGAAGCAUCUUGUCGAAGAGAAGAAAGAGAAAACCGAAAAGAUCGUCGCGAAAGUUUCGGUGAACAAGGAAGCCGAAGGACAAGGACCACCCCCUGCUAAGAAGCCCAAGGAGAUGAAGAAGCCGAAAAAUCCUGCCGCUGCAGAAGGGGGUGAAGAUAAAGACAUUGGUGCUAAAGUCGAGGGAAAGGUAGCUAAGAGGAGGAAGGGGAAUAAGAAGUCUGUUCCCAAGGAGAAGGUGCAAAACAACACCAAAUCGGAGGAACGACAGAAAGAAUUGCAGGAGAAAGCACACGAAUAUCUGGAAACGUGGAAAAAUGACAAGAAGAGCUGGAAGUUCUCCAAGAACAUUCAGACUUGGCUGAUUGUUCAUAUCUUUGACACGGAGAAGCUUCCAACUGAGAAAUUCGAUAUUGCGCUGGAGUAUUUGAAAGGUGCCCACGGAUCAGUUAGAAAAGACAUCACAAAAUUCAGCAUUGCUAAGGCGCACGCCAUCAGGACAAAUACGAAACCAAAUCCUGAGGAUGCUGAGGCAAACCAAGAAAUUUUAGUAAGGAGCCGUAGGGUGAUCAAACUCAUGGCCUCUGAAGAACAAGCAGAGAAAGAAAAUGCGGAGAAAAAGAGUUCCAAACCAGCACUCACUGAAUCUGGUAAAGUCAACAAGAGAUUUAGGAAGAGGAAGAGUGGGGACGUCAGCAGAAACAACAGGUUGAAUCUCAACAAGCCUGCACACGUUACAGCGAAUACUCCUAAGGUGAUUACGGAGGAAGCAAACAAAAGUGAAAAGAAUGGGCCUGUUAAAAAGGAAGCUGCUGAAAAGGUUGUCAGCUUUGUUGAUGAAGAGACCGCUCCUGUCGGAAACAAGAAGGCCAAGAAAGCUCUGAAGGCAAGUGGCGACGCAGGAAAGGCUCUCAAGGGUAAGAUAGCCCAGAAAUCGAAAGGUGCGAUGAAUGCAUCCAAGGGCAAGAAAGCCUUGAAGAAGUGAAUAUUGGGGAACUGAAAAUUGUCAGCUCCUAAGAUUUGUUUUACAGAUGUUAACAUAAUAACGAGUAAUAAAAAUUUAAUGUAA